AUGAUGAAUGAAUAUCAUCGUCUUGGUAUAAAAAAUUUUAAAAGUAUACGUCAUCCUGGACAAAUUAAACUUACAUUUGAUCUAUGUACUGAUGAUAUAUCAGCACCACAAUAUGUAUCAUCAAAAGAAAAUGAUACAAAUCAAAAAAUAGAAAUUUUUACUAAUAAUAAACUUAAAUUUGAUUAUAUUCCAAUAAAACAAUCAACUAAUAGUUGGUUUAAAAAUUAUCAAUAUUCUAAAAUAUUCAUCAAUAUUCUCUAUCUAUUUUUUCGUAUAUUAUGUAUCAUCUUAAAAUAUACAAUUUAUUUAAUAUGGUAUCUAUUAAAAAUUUUUCUAUGUAUAAUAUUUCGUUUACUAACCGAAUCAAAAUCAUAUGAUCCAAAAACAGUCAUAUGCCAUCCAAUUCGUUGUUAUCAUCAUUGA